AUGAAACAAUUCAUAGUCUUCGCCUUGGUUGGAUUGGCGUUCGCGGAACCGCCGAGCAGCCAAUACGGACCUCCCGGUUACAAUAGCAACGCCAAUAACAACAAUGUCAACAACAACAAUCAACAUGGCAACAACUAUAACGGAAUUCCGAACGCUAACAACGACGUUCCCAUCCUGAGGUUGGAGAACAGCAACGACGGCGAGGGUGGUUACAAGUACGCUUACGAGACGGGAGAUGGCACCUCCGCCCAGGAGCACGGGUACCUCAAGGAUGCCGACUCUCCGACCGCCCAAGGAGGAUUCGCCUUCACCGCUCCCGAUGGUCAGCAGUUCUCGAUCAGUUACACCGCCGACGAGAACGGUUUCGUUCCCGUCGGAAACCAUCUGCCAACACCGCCACCGAUUCCAGAAGAGAUCCUGAAGGCUUUGGAACAGAACAGGGCGGAUGAAGCGCGCGGCAUCGUCGACGAUGGACAGUACCAUCCAGAGCCUGCUCCUCAUCAGCAGUACAACAACGCUCAGCAGAACGCUGCAGGUGGAACUCAUCCAGGAUAUUAA